UUAACACCAAUAAAAUAAACAAAAAGAGAAAAAGUGUUGGUAGAAUCAAUAAACGGGCAAUCGGUAAAAAAAACUGUUAUCCUCUUUGCCCACUCUCUUACACACACACACACACAUAAAUAAGUAAUCCAAUUCGAGAAACGCAGUUAAGCGCAAUGCAACUGUUGCUGCUGCAGGAUCUGCUGCUUUUGGUCCUGGCCUGCGGCAGUUUAAAACAAAUCGCCGCCGACUACGAGAACACCUGGAAUUUUUACUAUGAACAGCCCUGUUGUGCCGGCAAUGAUCAGACGCAUCAUGGAAAACAUAGACGAGAUCAUGUACGGGAAUUCACUUGCGGCAAAUUAUAUUAUCGUACUUUUCAUAUGAAUGAGGAGCGGGAUUCUCUUUAUGUUGGCGCCAUGGAUCGCGUAUUCCGUUUGAAUUUGCAAAACAUCUCCUCGUCCUAUUGUGAUCGCGAUGUCAUCAAUUUGGAGCCAACACGCGACGAUGUGGUCAGCUGUGUAUCCAAGGGAAAGAGUCAGGUCUUUGAUUGCAAGAACCAUGUGCGUGUCAUUCAAUCGAUGGAGCAAGGCGAUAGGCUUUAUGUUUGUGGUACAAAUGCACAUAAUCCCAAGGAUUAUGUUAUCUAUUCCAACUUGACCCACUUGCCGCGUUCAGAGUAUGUUAUUGGUGUGGGUUUGGGCAUUGCCAAAUGUCCCUAUGAUCCUUUGGACAAUUCCACGGCUAUCUAUGUGGAAAAUGGUAAUCCAGGAGAUUUGCCAGGCUUGUAUUCCGGAACCAAUGCUGAAUUUACGAAAGCCGAUACCGUAAUUUUCCGUACCGAUUUAUAUAAUACAUCAGCAAAACGUUUGGAAUACAAAUUCAAGAGAACACUGAAAUAUGAUUCCAAAUGGUUGGACAAACCAAAUUUCGUUGGAUCUUUCGAUAUCGGUGAAUAUGUAUAUUUCUUUUUCCGUGAAACGGCUGUCGAGUAUAUAAAUUGUGGCAAAGCCGUCUAUUCACGUAUUGCACGGGUCUGCAAGAAGGAUGUGGGUGGCAAAAAUUUAUUGGCCCACAAUUGGGCCACCUAUUUGAAGGCUCGUUUGAAUUGCAGCAUCUCUGGUGAAUUCCCCUUCUAUUUCAAUGAGAUACAAUCGGUUUAUCAGCUGCCCACGGACAAGACUCGUUUCUAUGCCACAUUUACAACAAGUACAAAUGGUUUGAUUGGAUCAGCCGUAUGCAGUUUUCACAUUAACGAGAUACAAGCGGCAUUCAAUGGUAAAUUUAAGGAGCAAUCCUCUUCAAAUUCCGCCUGGUUACCUGUGCUCAACUCUCGUGUGCCUGAUCCACGACCGGGUACAUGUGUCAAUGAUACCUCAAAUCUGCCGGAUACUGUUUUGAAUUUCAUACGCUCUCAUCCACUUAUGGACAAAGCUGUAAAUCAUGAACACAACAAUCCAGUCUAUUAUAAAAGGGAUUUGGUAUUCACCAAGCUCGUUGUUGACAAAAUCAAAAUUGAUAUAUUGAAUCAGGAAUAUAUAGUAUAUUAUGUGGGCACCAAUUUGGGACGUAUAUAUAAAAUUGUUCAAUAUUAUCGGAAUGGUGAAUCAUUGUCCAAGUUGCUCGACAUUUUUGAAGUGGCACCGAAUGAGGCCAUUCAGGUCAUGGAAAUCAGUCAGACACGUAAAUCCCUAUACAUUGGCACCGAUCAUCGCAUUAAACAAAUCGAUUUGGCCAUGUGCAAUCGUCGUUAUGACAAUUGCUUCCGUUGUGUCCGUGAUCCAUAUUGCGGUUGGGACAAAGAGGCCAAUACGUGCCGUCCCUAUGAGCUCGAUUUGUUGCAGGAUGUGGCCAACGAGACAAGCGACAUAUGUGAUUCAAGUGUCCUAAAGAAGAAAAUUGUGGUCACCUACGGACAGAGUGUCCAUUUGGGAUGCUUUGUCAAGAUACCCGAAGUAUUGAAAAAUGAGCAAGUAACUUGGUAUCAUCACUCCAAGGACAAAGGACGUUAUGAAAUUAAAUACUCACCGAUUAAGUAUAUUGAAACCACUGAACGAGGUUUGGUUGUCGUAUCGGUGAAUGAGGCAGAUGGCGGACGUUACGAUUGUCAUUUGGGUGGUUCCCUACUCUGCAGUUAUAACAUCACUGUGGAUGCUCAUAGAUGCACUCCACCAAACAAAAGCAAUGACUAUCAGAAAAUCUAUUCAGAUUGGUGUCAUGAAUUCGAGAAAUACAAAACAGCCAUGAAAUCCUGGGAGAAAAAGCAAGCGCAAUGUUCAACUCGUCAAAAUUUUAGCAGCAAUCAGCAUCCAAAUGAUAUAUUCCGCAAAACUAAUGUCUGAUAUCAUAAAUCAGAGAAUUUCAAUCACAUCAUCAUCAACAGUAGCAGCAGCAGCAUCAGCAGCCACGGCAGCGGCAGCAAUAAAAGCAGCAUCGACAGCAUGCAGCACGUCCAUUAACUUUUUGAUAAUGCAAAACAAUAAAAAAAAAAGGAUAAACUAAAAGUAAAAGCAAGCAAUAGCACAACAAUUCACUUUAAACUCGAAACGCAACAAAACCAACAUAUGAAGACUUUUUACUCUUUGCUUCAAAUCAACUUCCUAAAUACAACAAAUAGUUUUAAACAAGCCAAUAAACAAUUAUAAGCAUUUAUUAGUAUGCAUUUAUGCGAUAUAUAAAAAAAAAACAAAAAAACGAAAUCAAAUCAAAUGAGAAUGAAUAUCGAAAACAUUAAACAAAGACACGCCCGAAAAACAUAGCUAGCUAACAAAAAACAAUUCUUGCAAAUUCUUCUCACAUUCAUAUCCUCUCGAAUCGUUAUAAUAUGCAUACAUAUAGUAUAUAGUUAUACAUACAACAUACAUCAAAGCAAACUGAACAAUUUUGUAUAUCAUAUCGUAAUGAAACUACUUCAAGUAUUAUAAAUGCAGUGUGUGUAAAAUUCAAAUCACCAUAUUGGAAACAACAGAUGCAAUGUGAUGUUAAGUUUUUUUAUAUAAUCCACAUAAUUCCCAUAAAUCAAGACAAGACAAAAUAUAAGACAUAUUGUACACACUCUCCGAUCCAAUCCCAACUGAAUCAAAAUCGUUUAAGCAAUACUCUUCUAUUUAUAAAAAGAAAACAAAAAACAAAACAAAAAGCAUUUAAUUCAAUUUUUAUUUUGAUAUCACUUAAAUGAUUUCUAUUUCUCUUGCCAAGGCAUUUUGA